AUGGCUGAGCAACCUUUCAAGAUCGCGGUACCUGACGAACAAUUGGACUUGCUCCGGAAAAAGCUCGACCUUGUGCGGUUCCCAGACGAGCUUGAAAACGCCAAGUGGGACUAUGGCGUGCCACUGGACGACGUGAAGAGGCUGGUCGCCCGCUGGAAAGACGGGUACGACUGGCGGCGGCACGAGGCGGAGCUCAAUGAGCUCCCUCACUUUACGAGGGACAUCGAAGUCGACGGGUUCGGCACUCUUAACAUCCACUACGUGCACCAGAAGAGCGCAGAGGCGAACGCGAUUCCGCUCUUGUUCGUCCAUGGGUGGCCUGGCGGGUUCUUCGAAGCGAGGAAGCUUUUGCCUCUGUUGACGUCGACUGUCCCGGAGCAGCCUACUUUCCAUGUAGUUGUGGUGGGUCUCCCUGGGUACGGAUUUUCGGAGGCACCCCGCAAGAAAGGGUUCGGUAUCUCUCAGUUCGCUGAGGUUGGGUGUAAACUCAUGACAGCACUGGGGUAUGAACACUUUGUCACUCAAGGCGGAGACUGGGGGCACGCGAUUACUCGUCGAAUGGCGAGACUUUAUGGUGGCAAGCAUGUCAAGGCCUGGCACACGAAUAUGCCUCAGGCUGAUCCUCCGCGCGUGACGAGCAACCCGCUUUUGGCGUUCAAGCAUACUCUACAUAACUGGACCCCUUACAGCCCGUAUAGCAAGUCGGAACGUGAACGGAUGGAGAGUGGCGCGCAGUUCGCAUCGGUCGGCCGAGGAUACUACAUUGAGCAAAGCACGCAACCCCAGACACUUGGUUAUAGUCUGGCCGACUCUCCCGUGGGCUUACUCGCGUGGAUCUACGAGAAGCUGGUGAACUGGUCUGAUCAUUACGCAUGGGACGAUGAUGAGGUCUUGACAUGGAUCUCUAUCUAUUGGUUCUCGCGAGCCGGACCAGCCGCGUCCUUACGCAUUUAUUAUGAGUACCGAGCGUUAGGUGAUGGCGUUAACCAGCCCAAAGUGACUGGCGUGCCGAUGGGUGUAUCAUACUUCCCCGGGGAACCUGUCGUGGCACCCAUAUCCUGGAUGCAAACUGUGGGCGAAGUGAAGUCCUUGACCGAACACCCGAGGGGUGGGCAUUUCGCGGCGUACGAGCAACCAGAGGAGAUAGCGGGGGCUCUGAGGAAGAUGUUCGGAAAGGGCGGCCCUGCCUUUAAUGUCGUUCCAGGAAAGACCGGGUAUGCUAGCGAUAGUUAGAGCUUCUUGAAUUUGGAGGCAGCAUCCGGACGCGUCGUGCAAAGCGCGUUCGGAUCGUGUCUGCUAUUUAUAGUGUACGCGUUGUGGCGCUCAGCUGUGGCCCGGACUCAGCUGAGCACAACGCGUGGAUCUCUAGUGUACUCUGUUUAGCUCGCAAUGCCAUUACUAAUUGGCG